CCGCGUCUCCCCCUCCUCUUCAUACCUUCCGCUGCGGAUCUUGGCUCUGGGUUGUUUUAUACCACUAGGCUUGCUCGUCUGCUUCACCGUUUCUGACCCUCCUCACCAUCCUUUGUUCGUUGUGAUACCCUCCCCCCCUCUUCACAUAUCCGCCAGCUAUGUCUUCGCUUCCUCAGCCUCACGGUGGUGUCCUUAAGGACUUGAUAGCACGGGACCAGCCCCGCCGCGCUCAGCUCUUUGAGGAGUCGGAGACCCUCCCCGCUUUGGUCCUGACUGAAAGGCAAUUGUGUGAUCUGGAGCUUAUCCUCAAUGGUGGUUUCUCUCCUUUGGAGGGUUUCAUGAACGAGAAGGACUACAAUGGAGUUGUCGAGAACGUCCGCCUUGCCGACGGCACCCUCUUCUCCAUCCCGAUCACCCUCGACGUUUCCCAGCAGCAGAUCGACAAGAUCGGCAUCAAGGCCGGUGCGCGCAUCACGCUUCGCGAUUUCCGUGACGACCGCAACCUGGCCAUCAUCACCGUCGAUGAUGUCUACAAGCCCGACAAGACCAAGGAGGCCCAGGAAGUUUUGGGAGGUGACCCAGAACACCCUGCCAUCAAGUACCUCUUCGAGACCGCCAAGGAGUUCAACGUUGGAGGAAACCUCGAGGCCAUCAACAAGCUGGACCACUACGACUACGUUGGUCUGCGAUACACCCCCGCCGAGUUGAGGGCGCACUUCGAGAAGCUCGGAUGGACCAAGAUCGUCGCUUUCCAGACCAGAAACCCCAUGCACCGUGCUCACCGAGAGUUGACCGUCCGUGCUGCACGUGCUCGUCAGGCCAACGUCCUGAUCCACCCCGUCGUCGGUCUCACCAAGCCCGGUGACAUUGACCACUUCACCCGUGUUCGUGUCUACCAGGCGCUUCUCCCCCGUUACCCCAACGGAAUGGCCGCCCUCGGUCUUCUUCCCUUGGCCAUGCGCAUGGGUGGUCCCCGCGAGGCCAUCUGGCACGCGAUUAUCCGCAAGAACCACGGUGCGACCCACUUCAUCAUUGGCCGUGACCACGCCGGUCCUGGCAGCAACUCUAAGGGUGUCGAGUUCUACGGCCCGUAUGACGCCCAGCACGCCGUCGAGAAGUACAAGGAGGAGAUCGGCAUCGAGGUCGUCCCCUUCCAGAUGAUGACCUACCUCCCCGACAGCGACGAUUACAUGCCCGCCGACGAGGUCAAGCCGGGAGUCAAGACGCUCAACAUCUCUGGAACCGAGCUCCGCCGCCGUCUCCGCACGGGAACCGCCAUCCCCGAAUGGUUCUCGUACCCCGAGGUCGUCAAGGUCCUCCGCGAGUCGCACCCACCCCGCUCUAAGCAGGGUUUCACCGUCCUCCUCACCGGCUACACCAACAGCGGCAAGGACGCCAUCGCGCGCGCCCUCCAGGUCACGCUCAACCAGCAGGGUGGGCGCUCCACGACCCUCCUCCUCGGCGAGACCGUGCGCUCGGAGCUCUCCGCCGAGCUCGGCUUCUCGAAGGAGGACCGCCACAAGAACCUCCAGCGCAUCGCAUUCGUUGCCGCGGAGCUGACCCGCGCCGGCGCCGCCGUGAUUGCCGCGCCCAUCGCACCCUUCGAGGUCUCGCGCAACACGGCCAAGACCACGAUCGAGCAAUACGGUAGCACGUACCUGAUCCACGUCGCCACCCCGCUCGAGUACUGCGAGAAGACCGACAAGCGCGGCGUGUACGCCAAGGCCCGCCGCGGCGAGAUCAAGGGCUUCACCGGUGUCGACGACCCCUACGAGACCCCCAUCAACCCCGACCUCACCGUCGACGCCAGCAAGCAGAGCGUGCGCAACAUUGUGCACGAAAUCGUGCUGCUGCUCGAAAGCCAGGGUUUGCUCGAUAACGGAAACUAGAAAUCGGUUGUUUAGACGGCG